GGUUUGGGGCUCCCAACAAUGCGUGCUGUUGCACUGAUCUCUGCUCUGUCCUGCUCCUCUCUCCUGCCUGGACCUUCACGGCUGCAGAGACAGCCCUGCUGACCCCAGACCAACCCUGGAGCAUGACACUUCCAGGAGACAGCGUGACCCUUAGGUGCUGUGGCUUCCACUUGCUACAGCAGCACCCCACGGCUUGGCACGAUGGCAAGCUCUUGGCACCCACAGACAUGGACAGCUGCAGGAUCAGAAAUGCCAGGCAAAAACAAACAGGCAAUGAGUGCCAGAGCGCUGGCUCUACACACAGCAACAACAUCACCCUGACUGUCUCCUAUAACUGGCUGAUCCUCCAGGUCCAGUUGUACAUGUUGUGCAAGGGGGAGCUGCUGCCCAUGCAGUGCUGGGGAUGGGGGGGAGCGCAUCUUUGGUGUGACAUUACAGAGAUGAAGCUGGCAUCACCCUGUGGGCAGUGGGAGACGCUGAAAAGUCCUCGACCGCUGGGCAACAGCUAA